AUGUCACAUGUAACCACCUUAUCAAAUUCAAAUGCGACAGCUAUAUGUAAAAGGGCAGUUCUUAAACUCGUUUUAAUCAUUAUUAGCCUUCGAGUUGACUCUGAGUUCUGUAAACUAAUCUCCAACAAUCCAUCAAUGGCGUCCAUCAACCGAUCACUACUCAUCGCUUUAAUCUCAAUCCACCUCACAGCCACCGCCAUCGCCACCGAAAUCCACGAUCUCCUCCCGGAAUACGGCCUACCGAAGGGCAUCCUACCUAACGCCGUCGAUUCCUACAAUAUCUCCCCCACCGACGGCGCCUUCACCGUUCAGCUCAAACGCCCCUGCUACGUUAAAUUCGAAGAUCAGACUGUCUACUACAGCAAGAACAUCGAAGGCAAGUUGAGUUACGGAUCAGUCUCUGAUGUUUCCGGUAUUCAAGCCAAAGAAUUGAUGUGCCCGAUUGUAAGAGCAAAGCUUACGCAGAUGAUGAUGAAUCCUAUUCUCAAUCGAUUUAAAUCGAAAGGGAUUUUGAGCAAGAUUUCGAGUCAAACAAAUCUGUUCCAAAGUGUUUUAUGAUGUAACUAAGUUCUGCAUAGUAAAUAUUUUCCUUUUGAAUGUCGUUUCUAUGUAAAUUCUCAAUUGGAUUAAUAAAAACUUCUAUUCCUUUUUU